AUUAAAAUAACUGUUUUAAUUUUCUUUCUGUUCCAUCUCCACCCUCUCCACGGCGGCCCGGCCCCGCUCCUCUUUCCUCUCCAUAUAUAAACUGUAACGAUUUUGUCACUCCGAUUCAAACCCUAACCCUAAACCUAAACCCGUUUGAUCUUUAACAUAUACACACAGAUUUUCGCGCAGAGAAAUAAAACUGAGAAUGUCGACGACGUGGAGUAAGCUCAAGAAGAUGCUGUCGUUUAAGAGUUUUGGUGGACCGUCUUCGAGGAAUUCGCCUCCUUCCACCCCCAAUCAAGUGGAUUCGGGAUCCACGGUGUCUCGCUCUCCAUCCUCCGUCAUCUCGCCCUGCUCCUUCUCCUCGCAUCUCUCCCGUAGCCUCAGUUCCCGCCAUCGUUCAACCAAGAAAACUUGUGCUAUUUGCUUGGGAAAUGUUAAAGCUGGGCAGGGUCAAGCCAUCUUCACUGCUGAGUGCUCCCACACUUUCCACUUUAGGUGCAUUGCCAACAGUGUGAGACAUGGAAAUUACCUUUGUCCCAUCUGCCGUUCUAAAUGGAAAGAGAUUCCUUUCCAACUGCCCAAUGUCAGUAGUGAUCCCUAUUGUAAUGCUGCUGGACAAGCCCGAGUCUCUCCCUAUCAUGCCCCACUCGAAGAUUACCCAUCCAACUACUCUCGUGUUCUGCAGCCUUCAUUAACAACCUUCUCUGAGCCCCUUCAGUACUCUGAUGAUGAGCCUCUGCUUGCCAUCUCUGCAGAUCUAUCAUCACUGCCUUCAAGUGCCCAUCCAAAUAAUGUAACUGUUAAGGCAUUUCCUGAAUUUCCUGCUGUAGCUGUUUCAGAAUCCGUUUCUGGGUUUGCAGUUCUUGUUGGUGUCCUAGCGCCACCAAUCUUAGAUGAUGCUCGUUACAUUGAUCGUGCACCAAUUGACCUUGUCACAGUCCUUGAUGUUAGUGGCAGCAUGUCUGGCUCAAAGUUGGACCUUCUUCAGCGUGCUGUUUGUUUUGUUAUUGAAAACUUGGGACCUUCUGACAGGCUUUCCAUAGUUUCUUUCUCAUCAAGUGCUCAAAGAAUUUUCCCUCUGCGCAGAAUGACUGACACUGGUCGUGAAGAUGCUAAACGGGCUGUUAAUUCACUGUCUGCAGAUGAUGGGACUAAUAUUGUCGAAGGACUCAAGAAGGGGGCACGGGUUCUUGAAGAAAGGCAUGAAAGAAAUCCAGUAGCAAGUAUCGUUCUCUUAUCUGAUGGAAUAGAUACUUAUAAUGAUACGUACAACCAUCGCCGUCCUCAGAACCAGACUUCCUCAGAUGCCACACACAUUCUAGAAUAUUUGAACCUGUUGCCUGCUUGUAUCUUCCCCACAGGAGAAACUCAAAAUGUUGGUCAUCCCCCUACCUUCCCUGUCCACACAUUUGGGUUUGGUUCGGACCAUGACUCUUCUGCUAUGCAUGCUAUAUCUAAUGCAUCAGGUGGAACCUUUUCCUUUAUUGAAUCGGUAGGCAUGGUGCAAGAUGCUUUUGCUAGGUGUAUUGGUGGUCUCCUCAGUGUUGUGGCUCAGGAGCUUCGGCUCACUGUUAGGCCUGCAUCAUCUGGGGUUGAAAUUGGAUCGAUUCAUUCUGGAAGAUAUGCAAAUGAAAUUUCAGAGGCAGGAAGCCAAGGUGUGAUUAUUGUUGGAGACUUGUAUGCAGAUGAAGAGAAAGAAUUCCUUGUAAACUUGUCAAUUCCAGCAUUUGCGGGUGAUGGUGAGGGUGGCGUGGGGCGGACGUCACUUCUGCAAAUCAAAUGCUCCUACAGGGAUGCUGUAUUAAAGGAGAUGGUACACGUGGAAGGCGAGAUUGUUGAGAUAUGCAGACCUACGACUUUGUCUCCUAUAGAUGUGAUAGUGAGCAUCGAGGUUGAUCGGCAGAGAAAUCGCCUGUGGGUUGCAGAGGGCAUUGCAGAAGCACAACAGAUGGCUGAAAUGGGAAAUCUGGAGGGUGCACAGGCAGUGCUGACAAACAGGAGAGCAACACUUCUAUCUUCUGCAUCGGCCCAAGCUGGUGAUGGCCUCUGUAGUUGGCUCGAAUGUGAGCUGACAGAAAUUAGAGAGAGGAUGGCUAACAUGGAAAUUUACGAGAACACAGGGAGAGCAUAUGUCCUGUCAGGAUUAAGCUCCCAUUCUUGGCAGAGGGCCACAACUCGGGGUGACUCGACUGGACAUUCAAGAGUGCUGACAGGUGGUGGGAGUUCAAGCCACUCUGGAGCAAUCGGGUAUAAUACCCGAUCAAUGGUUAGUAUGAUUUCAAAGUCACAAAAUCUGACUUCUCUGAAUCCACCUGACCAUGUUCUGCCACACAACAAGUCGGGAAGCUUGACCAGAAUAUGAAUGAAAGCGGCCUGAAAAUUUUCAACUUGCGAGUAAUAAUGCUCCAAGGGACUUUGGACAGGAAGCUUGACCAGAAUAUGAAUGAAACUCUCUAAUAAUAGAUUAGUUUUCCAUUUAUGAAGUAGUUUGUGUAGAAGUAUAGCCUUCUUGUAUAAGGUGAGAAAAAUUGGUCCAGUUUUAGCAAUCUGCCUUUGCUAAUUAGCUGUGUGUUUUAAUUGAUUCUUUUUAGGACUGAUUUCAUUAUUGAAAUCUUGAAGGUUAAUAAAAGAUGUUUUAGGAGUUUUUCCA